AUGGCUCCUUAUAUCCCCAAAAUUGUUGAGUUGUCUUCUCAACACUUCUUUCAGAGAACAAUUCGUGAUUUUCAAGUUCUUGUUGCUCAGCUUAUGAAGCAAGUCACCGAUUUUGGCGAGAAUCUUCCUCCUUCUGUUGAUAAUCGCGCUCCAUUGAACAGAAUCUCAUCCGCCUUACAAAACCUGAUGCAAAAGUCAUUAUUAAUCUCAUAUUUGAAGGCACCACCAUCAACAUUCAACUCAAUUCAGCAAACAAUUCGUUCAAUUCAACAAGAUUUUCUUUCCAUGCGUGAUACAGCCAUUUCAUCAUCCCAGAAAUCCUUUAAUUCAUUACUUUCCACCUCAAACGAGCUAGAAAAUUCAAUCAAGCAUAUCAUUGCCGCUCACGGAUUCUUAUCAAUCACAACUGUUCUUCAAAACCUAUUACGACACUUUGCAUUUGACGAAGACAUCAAAAUACCAAGUCUCAAGAACGAACACUGCAAGCUUAACCCCAAGCCAUCUAAAGAAAGUCCAAAUUCCAAAACUGCAUCACAAGUUCUCAACGAAUACAAAGAGAUCAAGAAUCCUGAUCCAGAGACACGUCAACGCUUCAUUACAGAGUUCGAAACAUCGCUUGAAUCAGAGAUCAAGUUCGAAUCAUGUACAUCAGCGAUAGAAAGCAUCAUUUUUGUCAUUUUAACAAUACAACCACCACAAGAUCCAGCUAAAAAAGUGUUUACCAAAUGCAGUAACUUCUAUUUCUCUGCUUCCCGUGCUGUCACACAAUUUUACAAACUUCCUGAAUAUGCAUUUUCCAAAAAUGACAUUGAACAAUUCAACAAAGCCCUGGAGAACUUGCAAACUGUUAGUGACAGCAUCAUUAAAGCCAGAAAGAAACCUGUUGGCUGGAGUGCACAAGACACAAAAUCAUUUAUGAAAUGUACAGAGCCAUUGAUUAAAAUUGGUCAGACAUUGACAUCUGUUAUUGAUGUGAUUGAAAAAGGAAAUCAACUUAUAGGAACAAAUAUCUUUAAACUUAAUCUUUCACAGUUAUUGCCACGUCCUAUUUCAUUACGUUUCCUUGUUUCAGAACCUCUUGAUGAUGAAAACCAAACUGAAUUUAAUAUAAAUAGAUGUUUGUCAAAAAUCACUCCACAAUUACAAUCAAUAACUGAAAAAGGUCUUUCUAUGCUUCCAACAGAAAACAAAAUAAUUCAUCCUGCUGAUUUCACAACAAUCUUUUCUCGUAUAAGAGUUAAUAUCAGAUUAAUUGAAGAAGAAUUAUUUAAUUUGUCAUUAAAUAGAUUUAAUGAUUUCCCUGUAGCUAAAGCAGGAAUAACUAUGUUAUCAAGUAUUUCUGGUAUUCGUGAACGCUUAGAACAAUAUAUUCUUUGUAUGAAUACGAUUCCUUUAGUUAUAUCAAGUCUUCGUGAAAUAUCAAUGAUUCUAUAUGAACAAGGUUUUUCUGUAAACAUGGAUCAUGUUUUCACAGAAAUUAAUUCUUUGUUGAAUAUUAUUUUCGAUGUUUAUCGUAUCUACGAAGAAAUGGAUAUAAGUGGUGCCGCGAAUUUAUCAACAUGUUCUCAGUUAUCUUUCAUUGCUACUUCUAUCACAGAAUUGACACAAAAAUGGCCUGAAUUCCAGCCAUUUUCGGAAUACUUCAGUAACUUAAAUCUGUUUAAAUUAAAUAUGACAGAAAUAUUAAGUAAAAUUGAAGAAUUCCGUAAUUUGUCAACUGAUUGUCUUAAACGAUGGACAUCUGCUGAUUAUGUCUCUCGUUUCAAUGCACAAUACAAGAGCAUUUAUUCAUCAGCGACAAUUAUUCGUCGUGAACAAAUAGAAGCAUUACCUUCUAAAUUACUUGGCCAAUUAACAGGUUGGCUUUCCAAUUUACCACAUUCUCCGCCGAAGAGAACAACUGUUAAUGAAAUGGACAUCAAAAUGUCUAUAUUAAGAAAGAUGUUGACAAUUUAUAUCAAUACUCAUCCUGAUAACCAAAUUUCUUCACAGUUUGAACAGUUGUUUAAUUGUAUUGACAUGUUCGCACAAAUGAACAUUCAUUUCUACAGUAAAUUACAAUUAAAGAACUUGUUGUCUUUCUUGGAACGUGUUAACACAGGAUCAGAUAAUCCAACAGAAUCUUCUGAUGUAGAUAACACUGAUACAAGUUCAGCGGAACCUUCUAAAAAUGAUGAAUCAAACAUCGAUUCUUCACAACUUGUUUUUAGUGAAGAAGAAAUGGCUUUAUGGACUCCUUUUGCUCAAAAAGUUUUUUCCGUUGAUCAUGUAAGUGUUCAUCCACAAUUCCCUUCAUAUACUGAAGAAUUCGUUCAUUCUCGUGCACGCCAAGUAUACGAAGAGUUCAAAGAAGAAUGGCGUGGUGAAACAUCAUCAUUCGAUACAGAAUUGGCAGAAAUUGACAGUGAAAUUUCACAGCCAUCAUAUGAACACUUGACAUUGCAUUACCAAUCAUUUAAUGAUAAAGUUGUUAGUGCUCUUGAACAUAAAGUUGAUCUCUUGUUACAGAUGCUUCUUGAGCUCAAUCCUCCUUCUAGAGGACGUGGUUAUCCAAGAGAAUUCCCUCCACAUCCGAAAGCAGCACAAAUUUCGGAACUUUCCAAGAUUUUGACAAGUGUUGGAAGUAAUCUUAAAGAUCUUGAAUUCGGAUGGUUACCAACACUUCUUGAAUGCCGUGGUCUUACUUAUAACAUCUUCCGUGCAACAGAUGUUUCUAGUGACCAAACAACACCAGUUGCAUUAAUUAGAAACUUAACUAAUUGUGCAUUUGCUUUCUUCCGUCUUAGCCGAUGUUUGUUGUUUGCUAAAGGAACAACACCAACAUUCGCUCCUGAUUUAAAGAUGUUGAAAGUUUUGGUUGGUGGAUUACUCGAGAAAACAAGAUUUGUUAAAGAAAAUUCACCAUUGUUAUUCCACGAAAUUGAUCAAGUUGUUAAAUCUAACAUGUAUAACAACUUCUCGAGUCUUAUUUCCAGUGUUAAAGUUCUCAAGAGAAGCCGUGCAUUGUUUGAUGCGAAAGAAUUAGUAACAAUCACUGAUCUUGAUUUCUUUGACUUCGGAGAUUUCUUCAAGAGAAUGAACUGCGAACAUAUUUCUUUGUCAUCAUUCUUGGAUUCAAACAUCUACGAAAUCUUCACACAGAACAUUUGUCCAGUGACAAAAUACGUCGAAUCCAAUUUCGACAAUUCAUUUUUGUCUGAUCAUAUCAAAAGUAUUUUGAAGUUCAAACAAGAAUUGUCUAUUUCUCCAAUUGCUGUUAGUUGGGAUAAAACAGAUGAUAGAUUGACAUCAUUGACAGUUCUCCAGCAAUUGAUUGAUAUUUCUAUCUCUUUCGACCGUGUUUGUCCUGUUGUUCAACGCAAAAGAAAAGAACCAUUUUUGAGUGGUACUGAUUUUCUUUCUAUAGAGUUGUUGAUCUUUGAGUUGCAGAACGAGAUUGAAUCUCUUGUUCAAUCAAAACCAAGUCGUCUCUGCAAACUAUACAUUGAUUUAACACGUGUUUUAACAGCAAUGAAAGAUAUUUCAUCAAAGUUCGGACCGAGAAAAUCCAAUUCUAGUUCAAUGACUAAUUUUGUUACGGAAUGGAACAACUUUACUAAGUCAUUGGAUAACUUACCGAUGUCCGAUUUCCAUGGUGAAUUCCGUCAUCUUUCUAACAAAAUAAUUGAUGUUAUCCAAGACUCUCCAUCUCUUGGAAUACAACGCGAAAUCAAAUCAAUAACUUUCUUAUUAAAACAUUUCGAAAUUUUGCCAACAAUUGAAACACUCCGCAAAUUACGAUUUGCAUUCCAAUUCUUGGAAGGACAGAAAGGAAGAUUUACUACACAAGACACAACGAAUACUUUACCUUUCUUCCAGUUACAAGUUAUUAUUUCUACAAUGCUUUCUAUGUAUCGCAUUGUUGAAUUAAUACCAAUGAUUACUAUUAAACUUAGUAAAUCUAUUGGACAAGAACUUCCUAUUCGUAAGCCAGACAUCUUAGAAGUUAUUGACAACGAAGAGAAACCAAGUGCUCCUUCAAAUAGUGAUUUAGAACGUCAAUUAACACUGUUUGAACAAACAGCACUUGGUCACAUGACAUCAGCAUUGUUUGACGCGAAUGUUGCUGAUGAAGAGAAGAUUGCAACACUGCCAAUCUUGAAGAGAUCUGUUGAACAUUGCAAGAUGAUGGUUGAGAACGCGAAACUCUGUAACCAAGAGUUGGAAUCAAUCAAUAAUUCGUUGAAAGAAUACGUACAAAUCAAGUCAGUUCCUAAUGAAAAUAAACAAGAAACAGAAGGUGGAGAAUCAGCUGAAGGACGCGAAAUUUCAACAGAAUUAGAUGAAGUUCGAUCUAAGAAGGAAUACGACAUAAUCAAGAACAGAUACCAGACUACUAUGUCUUCUGUUUUGACAUUGACAUCUGCUAACUACGAAUUGUCACAGACGAAGCGUCAAACAGAUGCAAGGAAUGAGAAAAAUCAGAAUUUGUCACAUCUUAUUUCUAUCCACAAAGAACUUGAAUCUAUUCAUCAAUCUGGUGUUGAAUGGAAUUCUAUCGAAAAACUUCUUACCGAUUAA